UAUUGGCUUUUACUUAACCGGAAUAGAUCUUUAUGUAGAUAUUCUAGUAAAACAUAAAGGGCAUUACAGAAGUGAGAGAAAUUUUGAGAUUACGGGAAGGGCUCACUACGAAGGCGUAUGCGAUUUGCUUCUUUCAUGCGCGAUAGCAGAAUUUCGUGAUCAAUCUGAAGUCGAAUACUCUCUUACUGCUAAUUGAGAAAAUUGGUGAACUUUUAGGACUUAUACCAGAACGAAGUUCUGGCGAUUCGCAAAUGAUCGUAACAUGGUCCGAGUAUAGUCGUAAAAAAUCUAAAAAACUCUGGGAAAAAAAAACGUGUCUUAGAGAUCAAGCAAAAACGAUGAUCUCUAAAAAGGAAAAUGUCGAUAAAUUGCAAAAGAAAUUAACCAUAGAACUUGCCGUUUUCGUCGACGAAGUAGCAUAUUAUACGUCCAUGAUGAUUGUGGAGCACAAUGACGAUAAGUUACAGAAUAUGAUAUCAGACUAUGUGGAUCGUAUCCAGGCUGCCUUUAAUCGUCCGAAUUUGGAUGUUUUUAUAAACAUCACGUUGAUACGUUUAAUUAUGCUCAAAGAACAGCCAUCAAAUUUGCCAGUUUCUGACGGCAACGCUGGCCAACUGCUCCCUUCGUUCUGUGCAUACGCGAAUUCUUUAAAUUCUUCAGACGAUAACGAUGCGUAUCACUGGGACAUUGCUCUUUAUUUAACCGGAAUAAAUCUUUGUGAAAAUACUAUAGUACAAUAUGGAUAUGAUUACGAAAUAAUAAAGGAUUAUACUAUUACAGGAAAAUCCUAUCACAAUGGCGCAUGCUUUGCGCGUUUUUCUUGCGCAAUAGUAGAAUUCCGUGAUCCAUCGAUAAUCACAUCAUCUGUUGAUGCUGUUUAUAAUAUCGGCAAUCUUUUGUGAUUAACACAAGAGCGAAGUUCUAGCGAUUUGGAAAAGAACAUAACAUGGUCGGAAGAUAGUCGUAACAAAAUAAAAAAACCUCUGGAAAAAAAAAUAUGUCUUAGAAAUCAAGCAAAAAUGAUGAUCCUUAAAAAAGAAACCUCUAAAAAAGAAAACAUCAAUAAUGAUAAUACUCGAAAAAAUUCAACUAUAGAACUGGCCGUUUUCGUCGACGAAGCAGCGUAUCAUAUGUACAUGCCUAUUCUGGACAAUGAUGAGGAUAAGUUACACAAUAUGAUAUUAGACUAUGUGAAUCGUAUUCAAGCUGCCUUUAAUAAUUCGAGUUUGGCAGUUUUUAUCAAUAUUACGUUAAUAAAUUUGCGUAUUUGGAGAAAUCAGCCGUCAAAUUUACCAGUUUCUGACGGCAACGUUGUCGAACUGCUCUCUUCGUUCUGCACGUACGCAAAUUCUCUAAAUUCUCCGGAUGAUAUUGAUCCGAAUCACUGGGAUAUUGCUCUUUACUUAACCGGAGUAAAACUAUAUGAAAAUGUUAUGGUAAAAUUUGAAUCGCAUUAUCGAAUAGAGAAGAAUUAUAAUAUUACGGGAAGAGCCUACCACGAUGACGCAUGCGAUCCGCUUUUCUCUUGCGCAAUAGUUGAAUUCCGUAAUUCAUACGAAAUCACAUCAUCUGUUGAUGCUGUUUAUAAGAUCGGCAAUCUUUUAGGAUUGGGAUUAACAAAAGAGCGAAAUUCUAGCGAUUUGGAAAGGAAUAUAACAUGGCCCGAGUAUAAUCGUAAUGAAAUGGAAACAUUAUGGGAAAGAAAAACAUGUCUUAGAGAUCAAGCAAAAACGAUGAUCUCGAAAAAGAAAAAUGUCGAUAAUUCGCAAAAAUAAUUAACCAUAGAACUUGCCGUUUUCUUCGAUAAAGCAGCGUAUCAUAUGUACAUGCCUAAUCUGGACAAUGAUGAGGAUAAGUUAAACAAUAUGAUACUAGCAUACGUGAACCAAAUUCAAGCUUUCUUGCAUCAUUCAAGUUUCGGUGCUUCUGUUGAUAUAUCGUUAAUACGAUGGGAAAUUAUGAAAGAACAAUUGUCAAUUUUGUCAGAUGUUGUCGACAAGAAAGAUGAAGGAUUGCUCUCUUCGUUCUGCGAAUACGCGACAAAUCAAAAUCCUCCAAAAGACAAUGAUCCCGAUCACUGGGACAUUGGCCUUUACCUAACCGGAAUAGAUCUUUAUAAGAUAAAAAACGCACAAAAAUCAUAUGGCACCAUAGGAAGGGCUUAUAUCAAUCACUCGUGUACCCACUAUUUGUCGUGCGUCGUAGUAGAAAUCGGUACUACAAAUAAGAUCACACUCUCGGGUUUUGCGACGUCUCUUACUGCUGCUCAUGAAAUCGGCCAUCUGUAUGUUUAUGUAUAUCACU